AUGCAUCUUCGUUUAGCGCUGUGCGCAUGCAGCUGGGCUGGACUCGCGCAUGCAAAGAGUGGUUUCAGUGGCCAGCAGCAAGUGCCGAUAUUGGGAGACCCGCCCAGUGGUGCAUUCGCCAAUUCUGCAUCCCUGCCCACGGUGAUCCCGACAAUUCACGAUACUUCUGCUCCUGAUCCUCAAAAAGAAUGUCCUGGCUACAAGGCUUGGAGUGUGGCCACAAACGAACAUGGCUUUACCGCCAGCCUUGCUAUCGCCGGAGAGCCCUGUAAUGUGUUCGGAAACGAUAUUGCAGACCUCACGCUGCACGUCUCGCAUCAGACUGCAUCUCGGUUGAGCGUGAAGAUCUUGCCGACAUACAUUGGACCCGAGAAUACCACCUGGUUUGAACUUGGAGACCAAUUUGUAGCUCAGCCGAGGUGGGAUGGCAGUACCACGACUGAGACAAGCCACCUGCAGUUUGAAUGGAGCAAUGAGCCAUCGUUCCAGUUCUCUGUAUCUCGGCGUCAAGACGGCGAGGUCCUCUUCUCCACAUUUGGCCAUAAAAUAGUCUAUGAAGACCAGUUCCAUGAGCUGAUCACCAACAUGGUAGAUGACUACAACAUAUACGGCCUGGCCGAGAUCGUUCGCCCAUUUCGAUUCGGCACGAACUUCAAUGCCACCCUUUUCAACGUCGACAACGCAGACGCCACAGAUAGUAACUCCUAUGGCAGCCAUCCGUUCUACCAAGAGACACGAUAUAGCAAAGAUCAGAAUUCUAGUGCUCAUGGCGUAUAUGCUCGAAAUGUGCAUGCGCAGGAAUGGCUGAUGCGAGAGAAGACACUCACGUAUCGUGCAAUUGGCGGCAGCAUUGACUUUUACUUUUUCAGCGGACAGCCUAAUGACAUUCAGGAUGCGCCUUCAACAGCUCUAGAGUCCAUUCGCCAAUAUCAGAGGAGCAUUGGCUUCCCCGCGAUGCAGGCUUACUGGGCACAUGGCUUUCACCAGUGUCACUGGGGUUGGAGCAAAGUGCAGGAUUUGCGGGACGUGGUGGCAAACUACAGACGUGCAAACGUUCCUCUAGAGGCCAUUUGGACAGAUCUGGAUGUUUAUUACAAAGCUCGACCGCUGACAAAUGAUGAGGAGAGGUUCUCGUCUGCAGCAAUGCACGAGUUCGUGGCUGAUCUGAACAAAGAUGGGCAACAUUAUGUUCCACUGGUGGAUAGCAAUGUCUACAUGCCCGACAAAGACGAUCCUGACGAUGUGUAUCUACCAUUCACAAGAGGCGACAAGCUUGGCGCGUUCAUUCGCGAUGGCAGCACCGGUGACUAUUUCGUGGGCAAAGCAUGGCCAGGCAAGAGUGUGUGGGCUGAUUGGCUGGUGCCAUCCACCCACGACUGGUUUGCCAACGAACUUCGCAUCAUGCAUGAAGCUACUCCAUUUAGCGGGAUCUGGAUCGAUGUUAACGAACCUUCCAAUUUCGACAAUGUCCUCGUGGACCAUACAUUAUAUUCUCAAGACAGCAGGGACUCCCGGAAGCUGGACUUCCCAUCUUACAGGAUCAAUAACUUUCGAUCAACGCAUCAGAUCAUCGAUGGCACGAUAGCGCUGAACGCAAUGCACAACGACGAACAUGCGACACGUGAAUACGACGUGCACAACUUGUGGAGUGUCGGAAUUACGAAAGCGGCGUACAAUGGGCUGGCGACCACUGUACAUCCCGGUAAACGACCGUUCAUCAUUUCGCGAAGCACUGGAAUCGGGAUUGGCCAAUACGCGGGACAUUGGGGAGGAGACAACGAGAGCAAAUGGGGCGCUCUGUAUCUGUCUAUCUCUCAAGCACUAAUCUUUCAGAUGGCUGGAGUACCCAUGUUUGGAACUGACACCUGCGGCUUUGGCGGGCCUGAUUCGUUCGAGGAGCUAUGUGCGAGAUGGACCCAAGUCAAUGCCUUUUUUCCGUUCUUCAGAAAUCACUACGGUGUUAUGCGUGCUGCUCAAGAAGCGUACGUCUGGCCAGCAGUCGCUGAAGCAGCACGACGAGUCAUUGCCAUUCGGUACUCACUUCUCACAUACAUGUAUACGCUCUUCUAUCAUGCCCACACCAGAGGCGAUACCGUCCUUCGGGCUCUGGCUUGGGAGUUCCCCAAUGACGAGCGCCUGCGAGCUACGGAUAAUCAAUUUAUGCUUGGAUCUGCGUUGCUCAUUACACCUGUCUUGAACGAGGGCUCGACUAGUGCGAAAGGAGUCUUACCUGGUAUAUCUGAGAACACGAGAUGGUAUGAUUGGUAUACCCUGCAAGAAGUCAAGAGUGGGAAGUCAGGUGAAAAUAUCACGAUGGAAGCCCCGCUUGAGCAUAUCAAUGUACAUGUGCGAGGCGGGUCAAUCUUGACUUUGCAGAAGCCGGGUUAUACAACACGGGAGACGAGAGAAGGUCUGUACAGCAUUGUUGUUGCGCUGGAUGAUCGACAGAAAGCGGAUGGAGAUUUGUACCUGGAUGAUGGCGAGAGUAUUGAGCAGGACGCCACGAAAAUGGUCCAGCUUAAGUACUCUUCGAACAAACUGACUGUCGGUAUCCGAGGCAUGUACCACGCCACUCCGGCCUUGGCUACUAUCACCAUCGCAGGACUCAAGCGCCGACCCAAGAAUGUCACUUUGGAUAUCCGAGGAUCACAGCACGCCCUUCGAGAGAACAUCUUCCAGAACGAGACUUUACGCAUCACAGACCUAGCCCAGUACUUCGGCGACGGAGGAUGGGAGCACGAGUUUUUCGUGCAACUGUCGUAG